CUGUUGUGUUAGUGCCAGUUUUGCUGAGACACACACACACACACACACACUUUACUCAAGAUUAAGUUAGAUUUAAGAGAAAAUACUUUUUGUUUCUUAAUUAAGGGGCGGUGGUUUGAUACAGCAAAUAUAAUUAAACUAUAUGCAUAUUACAUAAAUGAAAGAAAAUGUAAAUAACAAAUAAGUACACAAAUGCAUAAUGACAGAAAAAAUAUUUUCCAUUGUUUUCCAUCUAUUGAUGUCGUAAAAUGUCUUAUCAUUUAUUUUAAUAACUAUUUACAGUUAGAGAUGCAACAGUGUUGCAUGCUGGGACUAUUUUUCUAUUAACAUUCAAAGUUUCUAUUUAUUUUCCAUCAUCUUCCCUCACUGUGUUCAAGUCUGCCUUAAAAUAGUUCAUCCAAACGGUAUUAACUUUUUUAAUAAGUUAAGUCAAGGGACAACAUUACUUCUUGCUAAAAAUAUUUGGCUCAACCGGCUGAAGACUCAAAUGUAACUUGAGCUGAAUAGAUUUGUAAACAUGAGAAGGACUGUGGAUGUUGUCCUCCAUCACUUCCAUUGAAAUCACCAUAAGAAAAGAACCCAGGAUAAUAUUUGUUCCGGCAUGUGAGUGUUGUUUUUAAAGACGUAAACCUACCCUUACAUAUUUGUAGGAACACCUGUGAUUUACCACCUAUGACAAGUGAACAUAUCUGCUGUGAAAAAAAGGCCUGUUGUUUUAACAAAGCACAGGUGCAAUUAAUCACACAAUGAUUGCUGCCUGGAUUAGUCAUGCGCAACGCGGAUUUCCAACCCGGAAGUGACACUUAAUUAAAUCAAUUACACACCUGUGUUGGAUGAGUUGGAAAUAGAUUGUCCUCUCAGUUAAUUUUGAGCAAAUUUACUUUAUUACACGCAAACUAAAAUGAGAAAUGUGCAUAAGCUUAAUUAUGAAGCAAACAACCAAUAAACAAACACGCCCUGUCCGGUUGGUAAAUACAAUGGUUUAACGCACACUUAAUUGGUAUUCUCACGUUGAAUGCAAACCUAGAGGUGUUAAAUGAGUUAACGCGGGUUCCUCCUUCAACGCAACGUGAUUUCAUGGUAGAAAUAAACGGGCAUAACGACAGAGAUCCUGUUAAUGGGAGGAGUGAAUCAGGACAGCGAGCACGAAAAACACGUUCCGCAAACCCUCCAAUCCAGUCGGCUUUCCUCUGUGCCUGCAGCCCGGAGCUGCUCUCUGCUCUGAGCCAACAACACAUUCCUGGUAGCGGUCCCUUCUCUGCGAACCAUUUUAGUUGUUUUUAAUUUGAGCGGUGAGUCGGAGGAACAAAAGAGUCCAGAGUUGUUGGGGAUGGAUGCUGCCGAGAGAAGCGCCCUGGUGAGCCGGCUGGAGAGAAGCAGCCACACGGCGUUCAUAGAGGACAGGACGCUGUAUGUGUGGGGAGGUUACCAGGUAGCUGGUGGAGAGGAAAUCAUGUUGCCCUCUGAUGAAAUCUGGCUCUGUGAUUUGGACAGCGGGAUGUGGGAAUGGAAGAUCAUCACCGGGGACGCUCCACCAGCUGGCUUCUGUGGCUCUCAUGUUAACGGAGCGCUCUACGUCUUUGCAGGAUGCGAACCCGUCGGAUACACUAACGAGAUGUUCAGCGUCGACCUCACAGAGCAGAGCUACUCGUGGAAGAAAGUGACCGACACCAAGGGAACGACGCCGUCGCCGCGAAACAAACACUCGUGCUGGGUUCACCGAGACCGAUUAAUCUUCUUUGGUGGAUAUGGAUGUAAGACGAUAGGGGAGGUACGAAACGCAUCAACGUCAAACUUCGUCGUGGAAGAGAUGUCCUGGACCACAAUUGGAAACGCAUUAUUUCGGUGCUGGGGCUGGAACAAUGAAGUCAGUGUUUUUGACACUCUCACGGCGACGUGGAGCACGCCAGAGACUCAGGGUUCUGCUCCGGCCCCCAGAGGCUGCCAUGCCAGCGCCCUUCUGGGGAACAAAGGUUACAUCUCUGGCGGCGUGGAAAAGACCGAGUUGGACAUGUUCUGCUUAGACCUGAAGACCUGGACUUGGACUCAAUUUGACAUCUCCCCGUCCUGUGCACCUCUGGGACGCUCCAUGUUCACCAUGACGCCCACAUCAGAUCACACGCUCUUCGUGUACGGAGGUCUCGGCACAGACGGAAGGACUCUCAAUGAUGCCUGGCAGUUUAACACGCAGACGAGAGAGUGGAUCAAGAUGGUGAACCCACACAAAGACAAGCCCAGAGUGUGUCACACGGCGUGCCUGGGAAGUGACGACGAUGUUGUUGUGUUCGGGGGAAGCAGCGAGAUGUGCUUCCUCAUGGACUCGGUGGUCAUUCUGAGGGCUCCCUCAGAGAACCACUGCAGAGACAUGUUCGUGUUUCAGACUCAGCCGUACUCACUCUUCAGAAUGUGUGAAGACUUUAUAGGAAGAAACCCAGAGCUGUUUGGGAAGCAGCUGACCUGUCUACCAUCAAAGGUGCACAAAAAGAUCAACAAGCGAGUCGCCUUUUUCUCCGAUAUGAAGCCCGUCCUCACACCUUGAAGAGGACUGUUUUUUGUUUUGUUUUUUUGGGUUUUUUUUUUUUUUUGUUUUUUUUUAGAAUCUGAGCCAGUCAAUUAUUACAGAACUGUUUUCAUGUUUUUGUGUCAGGAGUGUGUUGGUUUUUUGUUUCAAAUGAUUUAAAAAAAAAAAAAAACAACUAAACAUCCUACAGUUCAAUUGUUUUAACUGAAGACAUUCAUUUGUAAAUUAAGCGUUUUGCCUUAUUUUAAAAAGCCAGUUUAGAUUUGGUAACAUUUUACUAUAUAUAGUGAUUUAAUGAUGUGCAAUCUGUUUUUGAAUAAAAGUUAUGUGUUGUAUA